AUGUGCAUCUCCAACCCAGUGUACGACCGGGGCGGCGCGCAAGGCCAGGCCGAGCCGGGCGGCGAGAACUCGCCGGCGUUCGAGAUGCCGGGCUCGGCGGCACGGAUCCGGCGGUGGUGCAGGGCGGCGGGCCUGGAUCCGGCCUCCCUCGGCGGCGAAAGAAGGGUGAUUUUUUUUUGGUUCGUCAUCGCCCCGUUUCGUUCGUCCGCCCCCGUCGCCCGCUCCGCGCGCAAUUUUUCGCCCGUCCCCACCCAGUGCCCGACGGUUCGUCCCCGGUUCCGCGCUCAAGCGGUCACGCCUCUUGCCCCCCACCUCCCCCAGGCAGUUCCACUCCACCUCGACGCCACCUCCGCCCGCUCUCUCUCGCGCACGCGCUACACGCCUCCGCCGCCGCUGCUCGCCCACCGGAGUCCCAUUCACCACCUCCGGGGCGCGACACGCCGCCGCCGCCGCUGCUCCGAAGGCCGAUUCACCACCAAUCGCGGAGCAGCUCCGAAGCUGAAUCGCCACCACGAAGCUGCUCCGCAGCCGGCCGCCGCCGGCCGGAUCCCGGCCAAAUCCCCACCCCUCCGCGCGUCCUUCUUCAAGCCACCGCGCGUCCUCUCCACUCGCCCUCCUCGCGGCCGGGACGCUGCCGCCGCGCUGCCACCUCUCCCCGCGUCCUCCUUCCAGUAUCGACUCCUUAGGGGUGGUGGUGUAGGAGGGAGGGCCAGGCCGUCAAGUAGUACGACGAGCAGAUCCUACAGCAGCACUGCGGUACCCAACAUCGAAGGAACUGAGCAUCGGCAGUUUCAAGAUCAAGGUGUUCGACCUUGUCAGGGACCAGAUCACCCACCUGCGCUUAGGACUCCUGCGCCAAGCUCACGUAGCAACGCACGGGUAUUCAGCUAGAAAACCAGACGCUUGUAUAUCCGGACUACAUCAGAUCAAGCUUCAGGAAACCUUACUGCUGUAAGGAAUGAAAUUCUGAUGACUUCAAAAUAUUAACUAGCUACCUUCUAUCGAUUCCCACAUGUUUAACCAUGUAAUGAUUUGGAUUGUCAUCUUGCAUAUAGUUCUGAACUAUUUGGAUAUUUUAUCUGCUGCAGAAUUUGAUACAUUUGUUAUAUAAUUUCGAUAAACCCAUGUUGGUGUUUUCAAAAGAACAAAAUCAUGUGAGUCCAGCCGGCUAUCUAAAUUUCUCUCUGCUUUUAUUUUAUUUUCUUCCAGGUUGAGCUAGCUCAGGAAAUCAUUUCAAGUGUUCUGGCUCAUGGGGUGUCUACUUAUUAAGAAGUAUGAUUUCACUCAACCUGACGUCACUGUUUGCGGCCUGCUUUCAUUGUCUAACCAAUAUAUGUUGACUAGCUUAAAAUAACAUUUUUGUCAAGAUCAUGAAGAUUGUAGUCAUCGUAAUACUGUGUUCUGAGCAUAGACCUUAGAAUCUCCAGCCCAACUAACAUAAAUAGCUAGCUUCUCCAACCAACAUAAGAAUGUUAAUGCUAGACAUAAGAAUGUUAAAGCUAGAACUGGUUAUGGAUGAUUACUCGCAGAGUUAGGUGCCAUUCAUAAUUAAAGGUAACUCUUGCUUUAAAACUCAGUUAGCAACUAAGUAUCGCUUCCUCUCUGUAUUCUGGUACCAUGAAAACCAUUUGAUCCGCUUCACUUAACCAGAUCUAUGGAUACAUGAAUUUAUCUGUUAUAGAUGCUCUGGCAUUUAUUUCUUGCCCCCUGCAAGAGUGAGCAAAAAAAUCUCUUUAUUUUUGUGCCUCUUGUGCCUGAAAAUAUAAUGUUGCAGUCGCAUCGAGCCUACUAUUGCAGUAGCAUCUGCUUUGAGUAUUAAGUGAUAUGUAAUUCAGUAGUGCAAUAAAUUUGCCUGUUUGGUUUAGAAAUAAACAUGCACGAACUGCCCAUUUGAUGCUGCUUCAACACGUUGUUUGCUUGUGCAGGUGAGUGUCCAAUAACAUGUAUGCGGUGUCAUUCUAUCUACUCUGUUUUGAAGUUGAUUUUGUCCUGAAUAAAUUAAUGGUAACAAUUGUUUGGUUCCAGUUCCACUAAUCCAGUUCAUGUGUACCUUGUUCUGCUUUUUAUGUAGUUUAAAGGUGUGCGCUUGGUGAAGAGGUGGAGCGGACAAGCCAGAAUCUAGGACCUGAGCAUUGCCCAUUGUUGUCAUCCGAGUGCAGGGCUCCAAAGAAAAGGCCACGUGUAUAGAUAAUUGGUGAAAUUCUGAAAAUCGUACUAGGUACUGAAAUUCUUGCAAUUACAAUGUGCAUAAUUGUUGUGGUGUGGCAAUCCAGAGAUACCAUAGAGUGAGAUCAUUUCCUUGGAAUGAUGUUGUGGACCGGUUCAUGUUGCUAGGUUUGUUGUGCCCCAUGUAUUAUUGGCUAUGUGCACUAUCAACAGGAUAUAUACUGUGGACGAUACGAUGGUUGUUAUGGUCUAUGGAUACACGAGAUUUGAUUAAGUAUUGACA